AUCACUUCGUCCAAUAGACAAGCCCUGCACAGUUUACGAACUGUAUCGCCCUGCUUCCGUUUUAUCAUUUCUGUGGAAUUUUCCCUGAAUAUCCGCACUUGGAAGUAGUUCUCGAACGAGGCAGAACAUAAUUCUUAUGAUAAGAUGGCGACGAAAGCAGCCUUCAAACGGCUUACUCGUGAAUAUCAGAACAUACAAAAGAACCCACCGCCCUAUAUAAUUGCUCAUCCAUCGGAGUCCAACAUUCUUGAAUGGCAUUACAUCCUCACUGGACCCCCUGGGACACCGUACGAGAAUGGACAAUACUGGGGCACCUUAAUGUUUCCUCCAGAGUACCCAUUUGCUCCACCAGCCAUCCGCAUGCAUACCCCAAGCGGCCGAUUUCAACCAUCUGCUCGAUUAUGUCUCAGCAUCAGUGAUUUUCACCCCAAGUCCUUCAACCCAGCUUGGGAAGUUUCGACGAUUCUUAUCGGACUACUCUCCUUUAUGACUAGCGAAGAGAUGACUACGGGUAGUGUCAGUGCGUCAGAAGCGGAACGAAGAGUGCUGGCCGCGCGGUCGAGGUGGUGGAACUCCACAGGCGGAGGAUCUCACGUCAUUUCCACUCCAGGAGUGACCCCUACAGCCAAGGGAAUCAACAAUGUGAAAGCAGGAGAUGGCGGGCUGAAGUUUCGCGCAGAAUGGCCAGAAUUAGAUCAAGAGAAUUGGAAGUGGAUGAGAGACAAUCGGAUUGACACGAACACUGGCCAACUCAUACCUGACCCCAAUGCUGCUGCUGCUGCUACAAAAUGUUCUCCAGAGACCAGUGCACUACGUAGGCGCCCGAACGGAAGUGCCCAUGGCCUCGGGGCUGUGGUAGAAGGUGGUCACGUCGCACGAGAAGCGGGCCAAAGUUGGGUUCGACGGAAUCGAGUUUGGGUUGGUCUCGCCUUAUUAUUUGGAUAUGCACUUGUCGCGAGACUACUAAAUGAUGUUCAAGGUUAAGAUUGAGUUUCUUGACUCUUGACCCUUUUCAUACCCAGGAGGCGUUUAGCAUCCAAUACGUGGCGUCAUUUUAUAUCUCGUUUUUUGUCGAUGCUCCUUUUUAUUUUCCUCUUCCACCCUUGUAUAUUCUAUUUUUCUUUACUUUUUUCGUCCAUUCCUCGGCCGUCCCCUUUCUCUACAGCGGCAGUCUCCUGUAUCUUUCUCCGUGUUUUGUAAGGUUCGUUGGUUUUAUAAGGACCGAGAGGCGUCUGGAAACAGGGCGGCGUUCGGUGGUAAUUUGAGAAGCUUCAGGUGUCUGGGACGUAUUAAAUCGCCAGUGUGCUCUGCAAUCAAGGAUCACUGCGCCCUUCUACUGCACCUCUGUACAGCAUAUUUCCUACAGCGUAUACACUUAAUUUGAUUUAGUCAUCUACUGGUGAUUUCAAACAGGGUAUGGAGAUCAAAAGUACAUACACGCCAUUUCCC